AUGUUGCCAUCAUUACCAGUUGAAUGUCUUGAAGAAAUAAUAAAAAACCUUAAAAAUGAUUAUAGAUCAUUACAUUCUUGUAUGCUUGUAAAUUAUUUGUGGAGUUCCGUUUCUGUUCGUUAUCUGUGGAAAUUCCCUUUUGGAUUUUUUAAGGAACCAAAAGGAUCGAUAAUUCAAACAUAUCUAUCUUGCCUUCCUGAAAGUUCCAAAUUAACAUUGCUUAAAGAUGGUAUAGAAAUACCUUCCACUACAUCACAUGUGCCUACGUAUAAUUACCCAUCAUUUAUACGAAAAAUAUGUAUUAAAUCAUUAUUUUUUACGACGGAGGCUUUAUUUGAAAAAUGUGAACCAUUAUCAGUUCUCUUAAUUGUAAGAGAACUUUGUAAAGUUUUUAUCGCAAAUUCGUCAAAAGUGGAACAGCUUGAACUUACAUUUUAUCAUUCUAGUUUAAAAAAUAUUCCAAUUGAUUAUCCGGUUUAUGAUUGGUAUUUAUUAUUACCAACAUUUCCGGGAGCGAGUUGUUGUUUAUCAAAUUUAAAAGAAUUAAUCUUGGAUCAGAAUUUUGAUCAAAGAGGAUUUCUAUCCGCAUUAUCAGAAAUAAGUCAUAAAAUAGAAAAUUUAGAUGUUUAUUAUGGUAAUAAUCAUGAUUUAGCCUUGGAAAAAUUAAUUAAAAAUCAACGAAAUCUUAAAGUAUUUUCAACAUUCUUGUAUGAAGGAGAUUGGUCAAUUGGUCCAUCACUUUGGCAACAUGGAAGUAGUUUGAAAGAAAUAAUUUUUCAUCGGGUAUAUUUUAAUGAUUGUACAUCUUUAACUGGUUUGGCGAUGUGCGUUAAUUUAGAACGAUUGAUAUUUAAAGAAUCAUUUUACCUUCGAAAGGAAUUAAUGGAUGAAUUUUCUAUUGAAUGUAAUUUACCGAAACUUAAAGAAUUUAGAUAUGAGAGUGUAUUUUGGGAGAUGGAAGACGUCACGUAUGAUAUCUCAUCAAUGUUGAAACGAACAAAUAAGAGUUUAAAGUUUUUAACUUUUAAUGAUUCAUUUAGAAACGUUCGAUCACCACUUUGGGAAUCUUCAACUCCUUACAUUAAUUUGCAGAGUAUUGAAACGAUUACCAAAUGUUGUCAAAAUUUGGUUUCAAUUGAUGCAACUAUUACGAACGUGUUAGCAUCAACUUUCUUAAUGACACUUUCAUCAUGUAAAAGACUUCAAGAACUCAUCCUUUACUUGAAUAAUGAUGUAGAACUUGAGGAUUAUUUACCCGCGAUUGGAAGGAAUCUAUCCAAAAGUUUAAGAAUAUUAGAAAUUUCGACGAUAAAUGAUUUUUCGAUCAAAUCAUUAAAUGAAUUAUUAUUUAGUUGCAAACCAAGAUUAUCAACGAUUAGAUUCUUGUACUCUAAAUGUUUUAACGAUCAAUAUUUGGAUGUGAUCGUGAAUUAUGUAAUUGAAAUUGGUGGGUCUUUGGAUGAGUUGAAGUUAUAUUCAAAAUCAAAGGUGUCUGAUGAAUCUUUAAGGAAAGCAAACGAAUAUGUCAAACUUGUAGAAUUUAUUGAAUUUUGUAGCUUGGUUUGA